AUGGGACCAGCCGUUGGGGGGCUUCCACUGGGCAGAGGAGCCCGUCAUCGGCCAAACUUCCGCCCUGCGGAGCUGGUUAACCUUGGGCAGUGGAAGGCAGUGGUGCAUGUGGGUUGGUGGAGAGACCCAUUUUUGCCCACCAGCACUGCCAGCCCUCUCAAACAGGACGAAUACCCCAAGCCAUCUGUCUGGGGACCGCAGCAGCAUCCUCCAUCUGCCCUUCCUUGCCUGCUGAAGCCCUCCCGUACACACAACGUCCCGGUCACUAGGGACAUCACCAGCAGUAAGACAAAGACAGCACGUAUGAGGAAAAUCAAAGGAGACAUGCGGGCUCUGGAGGAGGAAGCCAGGGAGCUCCUCACCGAGCUCCUAGGGAACAUGAGACAUCCGCAGCAGCGGCUGCUCUGGCACCAGCUGAAAGCACCAAGUCCUGAGACAGGGAUUAAACAAAGGGAAUCAUCUUCCCCCCAUCAAAAAUAA